AUAACUUCAAUGGGGAAGAUGGACCUCAUCAAGCACAGAUAUGGAUAUCGAAGCUGGAAACCACCGCUACACUUCACAAAUGGCCUGAAGAAUUCAUUUUUGAGACGGCGAGGAGUCAUCUGGUAGGAGCGGCCAAAUUUUGAGUUUUAGAAAGACAUUCCUAUUCACUAAAUCCAAAACCGAAAGAUGGAAUGAGAUGCAAAAAUGUGUGCAACUGCAUAAAGAAAGUAUCAACAUGUAUUUCCAUGAGAAGAUAUCACUAUGUAAACAAUUGGAUUUGGACUUCAAUGAAACUAAAGAACAAGUCAUUAUAGGACUAAUAUCAAAAGACUUAAGCCAAUUUCUGAUGAGCCAACACCAUUAUGACGAGGAUGAUUUGUUAAGAGACAUCACCAAUUAUAACAGAAUUGUUAAUGCCAGGAUAGAGAAGGCAAGAGAGAACAGAACGAGAUUUGAGAGUAAGGAAAAGAAUAGAAGUGAUGUGACUAUGAAACCAAAAACUGAAGCAGACAUCAAACCAAAAGUGAUGACAAGCCAGGUGAAAUGCUACAAUUGCUCAGAAAUGGGACAUUUCUCCUACAAUUGCUCAAAACCUAAAAGGGAAAUGAAAUGUUUAAGAUGCAACGAAGUAGGUCAUACUCCUAAACAUUGUACGAAACCCAGAAUUUUGGAAAGACCUGAGAUCAAGAUACUAGGUUCUGUAAGACCAAGCGACAAAUAUAUAAAGCAUGUAAAAGUUGGUGACGAGGAGUAUAUUGCAAUGAUAGAUUGUGGUAGUUCAGAUUGUACCAUUAGAGCCACAGCUGCUAUUAAAGGAAAGUUCCGAAUAAUAUUACAGGAUUGUGAAUUGAAAGGAUUUGGCAGCGAAUCCCAAAGCAUUGUGAAAUCUUGUGGUGUAAUAAUGGAACGAGUGGAAGUUGAUGGUGUACAAGCGGAUAAUGUAAAGUUCAGAGUUGUACCAGAUGAUGUGCAGCCCAUAGACAUUAUAAUCGGAAGAAAUUUCACAGAGCUGAACCACAUUGUAUAUUACAAGGUCGAUGACAACUUCAACUUCGCGUAUAAGGAUCAUCUCCAGAAUAUAUUUCUGAAUCAGGAACCAAACCAGACUAAGGAAAUCAAGUUCACAGAAAAUAUCACAUUGCCGGAAAGAAGCAUUAACUUCAUCAGUGCACGAGUUGAGAACGAUAACUACAUUUUACCCAUCAUGAAUAAAAGUAAUGUUGAGGAGAAAGUUAACGGUGAAAAGAAAGUCUUGGAGAAAAUCAUGAAAAUCGAUAGUGUAGAACCUAUAGCAACUAGGAGAAAAGAAGAAAUAAACAUGGAUGAAAUUGUGGUAGGACCGGAAGUGACACAGGUUAUAGCGAAGAAUAUCCAUGAAAUUGGUAAGACGAAUCUGAUCGAGAUGGACAUCAAGGAAAAAUUGGAUAGUAGACCUGUUACGUGCAAACCGUACAAGACAACCCAAGAGGAACGAGAGGAAACCAAACAAAUUGUUGGCGAAUGGAAGGAAGCUGGUAUUGUUACCGAAACAAUCUCGCCUUAUGCUUCACCAGUGUUGUUAGUUAAGAAGAAGACAGAAGAUGGACUUAUGAGAAUGUUGACGGAAGAAAACGAACGUUAUAAGCCACCACAAGUAAUACAAGAAGAAAUUCAGGGAAAGAUUAGAAGCGAGCAGAAUAAAACCAAAGAUAGGUACGUCUAUAUGAAGGCAAAUCCAGUCAGUACCGGAGAAUCUACCAACUUACAAAGGAGAUUCAAAGGGCCUCUGGUAAUAGGUCAAGUAUUACAAUCAGAUACUUACGGCUUAACAAACCUAGACGAAAAUCAAGAUGAAGGAAACCUAGAGGACGAACGAGAAGAGGAGACUCAGAACGAGGACUCAGAGGCGAACCAGAACGAAGACCCUGAAGCUAACCAGAACGAAGACCCUGAAGUGAACAAGAACGAAGACCCUGAAGUGAACCAGAACGAAGACCCUGAAGCAAACCAAGUUGAACCAAAUAAUGAUGUGCACGAGGGACGAGCGGCUAGAAGAAGAAGACUGCCAAGAUACUUACAAGAUUAUAUUAUGUAAAUGUCAGGAUAGGCCGAGUGUUAUAAUA